AUGCUUAAUAGCGUGGAGGAGGGCUCCCCAUUUACCGUGGACAACAUCCCCUUCGGCGUCAUCUCGACACCCGACAAUCCAAAGCCGCGAUGCGCAACAGCCUUCGGAAAUUAUGCGAUAGAUCUGAGCGCGCUUGAGCGAGUUGGAUUUCUUAGUGAUAUUCCGGGACUUGAGGGGAAGGGCGGGAUUGAGAUGAUAGGUAAUGUUUUCUCGCAGCCUACUCUGAACGCUUUCGCAGCGAUGCCAAAAGAGAUCCGUCUCAAGGUUCGAAACUCCCUCACCAGGUAUUUCCAUGGUGGUCUUCCACCGAGUUAUUACAUCCCGCUCGAUACAGUGACAUACCACUAUCCCAUGGACACAUCCAACUUCUCGGACUUCUUCUGCUCAUUGGAACAUGUCAAGAACUGCGCAAAAGUAAUGAACGCCCCCAUAACCCCCAGCUUCUUCUCCAUCCCCCAAGUCUACAACGGCCGCACCUCUAGCCUCAAAAUCACAAACACCCCCAUCCACCGCCCCCGCGGCGUAAUCCAACCCAUCCCCAACAAUCCCCCAAUCUACGCCCCAACCCAAGCCCUCGACUUCGAGCUCGAAAUGGGCGUCUUCAUCUCCAAGCCGCUUCCCGCAAGUCAGAUUCUGAACAUUCGUAACGCGCGGGACCAUAUUUUCGGAUUCGUGGUGCUGAAUGAUUGGUCGGCGAGGGAUAUACAGGGGUUUGAAAUGGUGCCGUUGGGGCCGUUUCAUGGGAAGGGGUCGGGGACUAGUGUUUCGCCCUGGGUUGUUACAUGCGAGGCGUUGGAUAGCGUGGCUUGUGCGGUUGAGGUUGGGCAGGAGGCGGGGGUGUUGCCGCAUUUGAGGUGGAAGGGGAGGGAGGGGGAGGCGACGUUUGAUGUUAAGUUGCAGGCGAGGGUUUUGCGGAAUGGAAAAUUGUAUAAUGUCACCUCGACUAACCUAAACGAACUAUAUUGGACGCCGUAUCAGCAGUUGACGCAUUUAGCCAGUGCGGGUGAGGGCUUGAGUACAGGUGACAUCUUUGGAACGGGAACCAUCACCAGCGAUCGCACCAACUUCAAAGGCGAAAAAGACGGCAUCGCCUGCCUCGUCGAGCGCAAAGCUCCAGAAAACGAACUAUCCGAGCUCAAGGCCAACGGAAUCGAAUUCCUACAAGAUGGCGACGAAGUAGUCAUGGAGGGAUGGUGCGUGAAUUCAAGAAUGGGGGUAAAGUUCGGAUUUGGCGAGUGUCGGGGGAAGGUUCUCCCCUCGAUAUAUUAUGAAGAAGAUCACCGAUGA